AAACAUAGAGAAUCUGUAAAAUAUUUGUAGUAGUCAACGCCCGGGUGCUCGACGCUCCUGUCGCAUUCCCGUUCUCGAGCAAGGGAAGCGCUUCAUUCCUCCGUAUCAUCGCACAGGUUGAGAUGGUCUUUAUGGUGUAUGAAAAAAAUAUGGUGCUGGCUGUGCAGACGUUCCCGCCGUGUAUUGUCCCAGAACAGGACUCUGAGACUCCAUGCGUCUGCAUUUCAUUCCUCGUCGUACUUGUAAUCCCUCGCUCGGAAAAUCGUUUUCAAUGCAAGAAUAAUAUUCGCUGUGUGUUAAGUAUUUAUUGUUCUAGCCCGUCGUCGGCAAGUUUGAGACUUUACCUUUAGUUCGGUAGUCGUGGUUAUUUCGCUAAUUCGUCAUGCUCGAUGUCGGAAUCAAUUCGUCUCAAAUUCACCGCACGCUCGCACUGCAAGACGUGAGAAAUUGAAAAUUCUGGCGCCUGGUCCUAUCACUUCAGCCUCGUUCACGCACCGUAGAAGGAAAGCAAGUCAAACCCAAACCAUUAGAAUUAAAGCGUACUGAACGCAGCCUCUCUUGGCUCUCAAUUUUUCUUCGACAUACUUAAGGAUAACGAUCGAGACCGGACAAAAUUUCACCUGCUAAAUCUCCUUUACACCGUAAACAUCAUUGCAUCGCUAUGGUUUAUCUCACCGUGUGCCGCGUGGGCGAGGACCUGGAGUUCGUUGCGGGAAAAUCCGGCUCGGAGGUGAAGUUCACCCACAGUCGGCAACGGGGCAUGUGCGUCAACGAGUUCUACGGCACGCGGCAGAAGGGACGGUAUGAGACGAGUAUGAGUUUGACCACAAAUAUCUCACGGAAAAGUACACCGAGACUGAGGAAAAAUAAGUUCGUGUUGCUAGUGUGUUCGCUUCUCUGAAAACUGAGUAAUGCGGAGACCACAAGAAAGGCAGCCUGCCGCUACACAGAAUGCACUUUGUAAUUCCUUUUGGCGAUUUAGACAGAGCCACGCAGACGAUUUGUCAUGCUGAACAUACUUUUCUGUAGGAUGAUGAGUGCGAAAAAAUUCGUGGUGGAAAUCAACCGCAUCGACUGGGGAAAAAAGGUUGACAACUCGGACACGGUAGACGAAAGUACCGCGAAGGGCCGCUUGUUCUUAUACUACGGUACUGCGAAUAAACUGAGAUGUUUCUUCAUCUCUCGUCUGUGACUAAUUAAUGAAAAAACUUCUCUGAAGAUAGUGAUAUGUAUAUACGGAUUUUCCUCCCGCAAAUCUUCUCCGGGUCGGUUUCUUUCCUGAUGUACGGCCAGAACUAUUACCCUCACCUUCGCAAUGAAACGCAGGCACUCUGAAGAACCAACCGGGGGGCAACUUGUGGCGGAUGGAGGUGCCGCUCUCUGGCGUUAGCUCGGUCGAACCGGUGGGCGACACUGCGACGGAGCUGCGCUUGCGGCUGACAUCCGGUGCCGGCGCAAAGCGGCGAAGAACGUCGGCGUCCACCCCCUACGUGCGGGGCGCCGGCGGUCCGGUCCAGUGGUGGGAAAACGUGCACGCGACGUUUGGGCCGUACGGGCAGAAAGGCGGGCGCUUCACGCCCAUCGAUGCGCUGCACGACCAGGCGGACGGCGGCUCUUUGGAAAUCGUCUUGGGUUUCGAGCUAUCCAGUGCAAUGAAUACCUGUCGAGGUCGUGGUCGGGAUAGUAGUGCUUGUAGUGCUAGUGGUGUGGGGCGGGUAGUUCCUGUGGGCACGGGAUAGUUCAUCUUGUGUGCACGCAGCAAAAAAUUCCUAUAUACACACAGCAAACCACGAGAUGAUGUCUUUUCGACCUUAUGUAUUGCGUCUUGCGCAACAAAAUAGUUGUGGAGCUUUAUGUUCGUCUCGACCAAUAGAUACCUUUUAGCACUGGAUACGAAACUCCCGGAGCGGCAGCGGCGACGCUGGACCUGCUCUCUAAAAAGCCGGCGGCGGGCGGGUGUACCGCGGACGCGAAAAAGGGGGCCGAUCCCGGCGCUGGUUCGGGGCCAGGCCACGAGCUGCGGAAUGCGACCGUGGUGUUCUCGGGGCUGAUGCCCGGGGAAGAGACGCGCUUCAAGAAGGCGAUCGAAGCGCAGGGCGGUCGCGUUACCUCCGCCGUGUCUGGGAAAACUACCUUUUUGGUCCGGGGCGCCUUUGCUGGCCAGACCAAGUACAAAAAGGUGCAGGAGCUGGGAAACAAGGGGAUUAUAGUGAAAGUCGUGACACCGGAAGAGUUCGAGCAGAUGAUUUGAAUGGGGUGCUGCUCUCUUCCCGCUCCCGAGUCGUACUUCCGCAAACUAAUGCUCUUAGCGCAAAGAAUAAGCAGUUGCUGUUAUUUAUGCGUGCGCCCCAUUUAAAUACUCAAAAUGAAGAUCAAAAUCAAUGUGAUGUUUGUCGUGUUUCUUUCUUGAAGGAAAAUUUAAAUUGUUAUUUGCGUUUCAUAGCAUAUCAUCUGUCACUUAAGAAGUCUUGUACCACUACUGCGGCUAGUAUUGUGAGCACCCGAAGCGUGAUAGUAAGUAAAGAGUUGCGUCUUUGUAAGAUUUAUUUAACCCUCGGAUGAUUUUCACCGUAUAAAGAUUGUAUGAAAAGAAGUGUACUACCGUGGCUGCGCAGACACACUCACCGACUACUUUCUAAGGACAGGAGGAUACUAUCGCACCUCUCAGGGUUACUACAAAGUGGUGCCCUGUCACGAGUACGAAAAU